UCCCUCCCCGCCUGCGCGCCCACCCCAGCUAUCAUGGCGGCUCCCUUGGCUCUGGUGCUGGUAGUGGCCGUGACCGUGCGGGCGGCCUUGUUCCGCUCCAGUCUGGCCGAAUUCAUUUCCGAACGGGUGGAGGUGGUGUCCCCACUGAGUUCUUGGAAGAGAGUGGUUGAAGGCCUUUCACUGUUGGACUUGGGAGUGUCUCCGUAUUCUGGAGCAGUAUUUCAUGAAACUCCAUUAAUAAUAUACCUCUUUCAUUUCCUGAUUGACUAUGCUGAAUUGGUAUUUAUGGUAACUGAUGCACUCACUGCCAUUGCCCUGUAUUUUGCAAUCCAAGACUUCAAUAAAGUUGUGUUUAAAAAGCAGAAACUCCUCCUAGAACUAGACCAGUAUGCCCCAGAUGUGGCCGAACUCAUCCGAACCCCUAUGGAAAUGCGUUACAUCCCUCUGAAAGUGGCCCUGUUCUAUCUCUUAAAUCCCUACACGGUCUUGUCUUGUGUUGCCAAGUCUACCUGUGCCAUCAAUAACACCCUUAUUGCCUUCUUCAUUUUGACCACGAUAAAAGGUAGUGCCUUCCUCAGUGCUAUUUUUCUUGCCUUAGCAACAUACCAGUCUCUGUACCCACUCACCUUGUUUGUUCCAGGACUCCUCUAUCUCCUCCAGCGGCAGUAUAUACCUGUGAAAGUGAAGAGCAAAGCUUUCUGGAUCUUCUCUUGGGAGUAUGCCAUGAUGUACGUGGGAAGCCUAGUGGUAAUCAUUUGCCUCUCCUUCUUCCUUCUCAGCUCCUGGGACUUCAUCCCUGCAGUAUAUGGCUUCAUACUUUCUGUUCCAGAUCUCACUCCAAACAUCGGUCUUUUUUGGUACUUCUUCGCGGAGAUGUUUGAGCACUUCAGCCUCUUCUUUGUAUGUGUGUUUCAGAUCAACGUCUUCUUCUACACCAUUCCCUUAGCCAUAAAGCUAAAGGAGCACCCUGUCUUCUUCAUGUUCAUUCAGAUUGCCAUCAUCUCCAUCUUCAAGUCCUACCCAACAGUGGGGGACGUGGCCCUCUACAUGGCCUUCUUCCCUGUGUGGAACCAUCUCUACAGAUUCCUGAGAAACAUCUUUGUCCUCGCCUGCAUCAUUAUCGUCUGCUCCCUACUCUUCCCUGUCCUGUGGCACCUCUGGAUUUACGCAGGAAGUGCCAACUCUAAUUUCUUUUAUGCCAUCACAUUGACCUUCAACGUUGGGCAGAUCCUGCUCAUCUCCGAUUACUUCUAUGCCUUCCUGCGGCGGGAGUACUACCUCACACAUGGUCUCUACUUGACUGCCAAGGACGGCACGGAGGCCAUGCUUGUGCUCAAGUAGGCCUGGCUGGGCACAGGGCUGCAUGGACUUCAGGGGGUGGAAGGGCCAGAAGCUGGGCCAAGCCCCCUAGCCAGAGUUGCCAGCAGAGGAGGCCUCCAGCAGAUGAGGUUCGAGUCCAGGGUUACAAAUCUCUGGCACCAGAGAGGAGCCAUGGCUGGCAGCAAGGCCAAUGGGGAAUAGCCAGGAGCUCCUCCACUUGGACCCCCACUUUGUGGUUCUGCACACCAGGGAGCCCCUUCCGAGGCUCGAAAGGGGAAGAAGCAGGUGAGCAGGGUUUGUUAGGUUGUGACUACUUAAUAAAUGGUUUUUUGUUACAAAGAAA